AUGGCUCCUCGCGGCGGCGGCGUUCAGAUCCAGCCGGCGGAGGAUUUUUCCAGCCCUUACUACCUUCAUCCGAGCGACAAUCCAGGUCUGCAACUGGUUUCUCAACCUCUUGAUGGCUCCAAUUACAUCAAUUGGAGCCGAUCUAUGACCACUGCACUCGUAGCUAAGAACAAACUCCUUUUUGUUAAUGGUGUUCUUUUGAAACCUUCCGAUGAUGAUCUUCUCUAUCAUGCUUGGAUCCGAUGCAAUAGUAUGGUUGUCUCCUGGAUUAGGAACUCGUUAUCUCCUCAAAUUUGUUCUAGCAUCAUGUACCUUGAUGAUGCGAAGGAGAUAUGGUCUGAUCUACGUGAUCGGUUUGCUCAGUGUGAUUCUGCACGUGUUUAUCAACUCAAACAGAGAAUUAUGUCUCUGACUCAAGGCGAUGAUGAUAUCAAUAACUACUUCACCAAUCUUCGGAUAGUUUGGGAUGAGUAUAAGCAUACUCAACCGAUCUCAUGGUGUAUUUGUCCAAAUUGCAGAUGUCAAAGUGCUACUAAAUGGCACAAGCAUCAGGAAGAAGAAUGCGUUAUGCAGUUCCUGAUUGGAUUACACUCUUCAUACUCACAGAUCAGAUCUCACAUUCUAUCCAUGGUACCUUUACCUACUCUAUCUAAGGUUUUCGCUUUGGUUUUACAAGAAGAGAGACAACGUACCAUAGGUGGAAACAAGGAAUCUGUAAAAUAUUCACCUAUUUUGCCAACUCCAAGUGAGCAGCCAUAUUCUGCAAAUGCUGCUUCAUCUCAGUUUAACCGAGGGAGAUUGUGCUCACAUUGUGGAAAAACAAAUCAUACGGUUGAUAGAUGUUUUUCUCUUCAUGGUUACCCUCCAAGUUUUGGAAGAGGAAAGUUCAAACCACCUCCAAAUUCAAGGGAUUAUGGUCCUCCUAAAUCUGUCAAUCUUGUGGAUGAAUAUGCUCCAGAUUCCUCUGAUAAGACUGUUGCUGCUCCAGCCAUGCCUACUUUUGAGCAAUGUCAACAAUUGAUAACUCUUUUGCAAAGUCAACUUGUCACCAACACUCCUUCCACCUCCAAUUCUGCCGCACAACAUACUUCAUCCCCUACACAAUCUCCACCUUUCACAGGUACUACUCUAUAUACUCCUAUCAUAGCAAACAUGUCUCUGCAAUCUCCUAUUUGGCUCUUAGAUACAGGAGCAACUCAUCACGUUUGCUGUAAUAAAUCCUUGUUCAGCUCUGAUACCAUGUUGAAAGUGAUGAAGUAG